AUGCUUCCAAGUGGGCAUCUGGUCCCCGUGGGCAUCGCGCUGCUCCUGCCCGCACUGGCGGCAGGGCUGAGCCUGCAGCCGGCCAGGAUGCGGCACCCUGGGGUCUGCCCCAACCAGCUCAACCCCAACCUGUGGGUGGACGCGCAGAGCACGUGCGAGCGGGAGUGCCGGGAGGACCAGGACUGCGAAGGGUUUGAGAAGUGCUGCACCAACGUGUGCGGGCUGCAGAGCUGUGUGGCUGCCCGCUUUGCCGAUGGCAGCGCACCCGCGCCGGCUCCCGCAGCCUCGUGUGAGAGCUUCGUGUGCGUGCAGCAGGGCUCCGACUGCGACAUCUGGGAUGGGCAGCCCGUGUGCAAGUGCAAGGACCGCUGCGAGAAGGAGCCCAACUUCACCUGCGCCUCCGAUGGCCUCACCUACUACAACAAGUGCUACAUGGACGCCGAGGCGUGCCUGCGCGGCACCCGCCUCACCACCGUGCCCUGCAAGCACAUCUUCACCUGGCCCGACACCAGCCCUGUGCCACAGGAGACCACAGCUCGCCCCACGCCAGGUGCCGGCCCUGAGGUGCCAGUGCCGCCCGCUCUCUACAGCAACCCCUUCCACCAGUCGGUGCGUGCCGGAGGCACCGUCAGCUUCCGCUGUGACGUGAGCGGGCGCCCGCGCCCCGACAUCACCUGGGAGAAGCAGAGCGAGCGGGAGGAGAACUUCAUCAUGCGGCCGGACCAGAUGUACGGCAACGUGGUGGUCACCAACAUCGGCCAGCUCGUCAUCUACAACGCCCGCCACGAGGAUGCCGGCAUCUACACGUGCACGGCCCGCAACGCCGCCGGGCUGCUCCGCGCCGACUUCCCCCUGUCCGUGCUGCGGCGGGAGCCAGGGGCCGCGGUGCUGGCCAGCAGCCCCCAGCCCUUCCCCAGCGCCGAGUGCCUGAAGGAGCCAGACCGGCGGCGCUGUGAGGCGCUGGAGGUGCGCUGGCACUUCGAUGCCAAGCAGGGCUCCUGCCUCACCUUCCGCUAUGGCGGCUGCGGCGCAAACAGGAACCAUUUCGAGACGUACGAGGAGUGCCGGGCUGCCUGCCUGGGCAGCGCCCGCCCUGCCUGCCUGCUGCCCGUGGUGCAGGGCCCCUGCCAGCACUGGGAGCCGCGCUGGGCGUACAACCCCCUGCUGAAGCAGUGCCACUCCUUCGUGUACGGCGGCUGUGACGGCAACACCAACAACUUCGAGAGCAAGGAGAGCUGCGAGGACGCCUGCCCCUUCCCCAAGAGCCUGCAGUGCAAGGCCUGUCGCCUGAAAAGCAAGAUGGUGCUGAGCCUCUGCCGCAGCGACUUCGCCAUCGUGGGACGCCUGAUGGAGGUCGUGGAGGACCAGGACUCCGGUAUCGCACGCUUCGCCCUCGAGGAUGUCCUCAAGGAUGAGAAGAUGGGCCUCAAGUUCUUCAACAUCAAGUACCUGGAGGUGACCUUGACCGACAUGGACUGGAGCUGCCCCUGCCCCAACAUGACAGCGGAGGAUGGACCCCUCAUCAUCAUGGGUGAGGUGCACGAUGGCAUGGCCACGCUGGACCCCAGCAGCUACGUGCGGGCAGCCAACGACAAGCGGGUGAAGAAGAUCUACGAGCUGAUGGAGAAGAAAACCUGCGACCUCCUCAACCGCUUCCAGGACUAGGGCAGAGCCGGGACAUGCCGAUAUGGGGGG